AUGACAGCCCUGGCGACGCUGCUGCUGGUCGCGAGUCUGGCAGCAGGCGGGCGCGGGCAGGACAUCCAGCGGCCUGAGCCAGGCAGUGGUGAAGAGACGGUGAUGUUGCUGCAGCGCUCGGGCACCCCGACGGCCACGAGUUUCGCGCGGCUCUUGAACCCGUUCCCCGAGCUUCGAAAUUUCACGGCGUGCUACCGCAUCCGCAUGCACCGCUACAGAGAGGAGGGAACCCUUCUGUCCUAUGCGUUGUCAGAUAAAGAAGAUAAUGCCCUCAGGAUUGGCCAGGAUCAAGACAAUUUUGGGGGAGGCUUCGAGAGGGAUCAAAGCUACAGCGGGGAAAUCACUCAGCUCAACUACUGGCACCGAGCUUUGGACGCGACACCAGAUGCCUUAGCCUUGUACAAGCCUGAUGAGCCGUCCGAUUACCCAUUUGGCAAGAAGAUGUGGCAAGUAGAAUCACCAAUUUGUGGAUACAGCAAAGGCGAAAAAGUUCUUCUGACUCUGUCAGCCUGUUCAUCUGGCAAAUACUCGUGCGAUGAUGGGUCGUGCAUAGACUUGAGCAAAAGGUGUGACCUCAGGGUGGACUGUCGCGACAACAGUGACGAGGCUGGAUGUUCACUUCUGAGCAUCCCAACCGGAUACAGCACAACAAUCCCGCCUCCCCCGCGUGUUCGGAGCGAUCCCUUGCCAGAUUGCUCCAUGAUCUUCGCUCUGACGUCGGCUGCUGCCAACUACAUGCUGCUCAGGCCUGAUAACAUCACGUACAUCGGCAGGAAGGAUCUCAUAGAGUACACUAUAAGCGAUUUCAUAGAGGCAGAGCACAACGUCGAAAACGAGUUCUCGCAAAUGAAACUCGGCGUUCGGUUCAUUCGACGUUCUGGCUUCUACUUACUUACCCUGUACAUCCCUACGGUGCUGCUGGCUGCCAUUGCGUAUUUCUCGCUCUUCUUUAAUCCAGUGGAAUUCGAAUCGAGAAUUUCGGUAGCGCUCACGUCAUUGCUUGUGCUAGCAUCGCUCUUCACUCAGACUUCAAACUCCCUGCCAAAAACUUCGUAUUUCAAACUGGUGGACAUCUGGCUAUUCUUCUCCAUCGUCAUCAUCUUCAUGAUCGUCCUCUUCCAGACGCUCGGGGAAUACUUCUCUUACGAUUCACUGAUUCCUGCCAAGGAUGACGACAAGGUUUAUGUCCUUAAGGUGCUGAAAACCGCCUCGGAAACCAAAAAUGAUUCAGCAUGGUCCAGACUGCGAUCGGCCUCAUGGUUCAGGAACUCCAGGCGAAGGUUUCGGCAAAUACCAAAGAACAUUAAAAUUCUUUUGGCCGGUCGCAUCAUCGUUCCUCUGACGUACUUGAUUUUCAACAUAGUUUACUGGAGCACUGCUCUCCAAUACGUGAUGGAGCUGCGGCUCCGUGAUGAUCGACUUCAGAGCCGGAAAACAUAGCCUUCUAUAUCUGACUCGGAAGCUUCACAUUUUGUGUCGAGUACGCAUAAUAUGUACGGACACAUCAAACCAAGUUAUGAAAUCCAACAGACACCGUCCAACUUAAUUUAAAAAAAAAAUAAUUCUAAUCAGGUAGUAUGUGCAUUCUUCAAUAAACUUCCCCAAAAUAUUCACGUGAAAGUAAUAUUAUAUUUCAUGAUUUGAAACAAAUGGACUUGAUAAUGGCAAAGCACUUCACACUUUGCUUCAGGCUUUGACUAGCCACAUUGAAUUGGAAAUUUUUGGUAAUUUAAGCCUAAUCACUAUUCCCUAAACAAUGAGUAAGAGAAAUAAAAUACAUGCAACA